AUGUCCUUCCCCGUCGUCUUCACCAUCCCCCCUUCCAACCGCCACGAAUUCAUCACACUCGACCCAUCCACAAAACCAACGCUCAAGGCGCUCAACAAGCUAAUCACCGCCACCCUCGCCGCGUCGCCCAACUGCGCCGAGUUCAUGGGCAAGUACAAAGCCGCGGAAACAAAAGAGCAGAUCCAGGAGUUCAAGAUUCACUGGAGCGGCAAGGAGUUCGACCUGAAGGUGUGGCCCGAGUAUACGGUGGUGACGGACGCGAACUUUGGGGCGAUUUUGGAGGUGUUGAAGCGCGAGCCGAAGAGUGGGGUUUUGGAGGUCAAGGUUGGGAAGGCGGAGGAGUAG